UAUGACAUAAGAAAGGUAACUUAAAAAAAGUGAUAAAUUCCUAUAAUACUAAUAAAUCACGUAAAAAUAUGAUCACGCGAGGAGAAAGACGACGAGCGAGCGGAUCGUGACGUUCCGCGCGUGUUGGUAAAAAAAUGGAAAUCCGGGAGCAACCGAGCAAGUUCAAAACAGUAGUCUUAACCUAACCAAACGACGAACCGAUCUUUCGUCGUUCUAUCUCUAGUCCUCUUUUCUGCGUCCUCGUCAUGGAUUACCUCGGCGAAUUCAUCGCUCUGGGUGUCGACAGCAUCAUAUUUAGUAUCUGUCUUAAACAGUACUUUUACUGCAAGAAUUCCAUUGCCGCUGUCAAGGGUGCCGAGUUUCACGAAGUGGGAGAUAAUUUGAAUGAACUCGUGAAAAACAGUACAGGAAAUAAAAUUGACUACGUGGCAAUAAGGGGUGCUGUCAAGCCUAUUGGUGAGCCCAUUCACAGCAUCAAUAACAGAGACGUUACUGGUGUUAUACAGAAACUUAGUGUUAAGGAGCAUGUUGUCGUCAGGACGACUUCUGGUUAUUGGUCCGAUCAGGAACACACGAUGCAAGAGGUUUACAACUCUGUACCAUUUGUUCUCGGAAAGGGCAAUCAUAAAGUUGAAGUAGUCGAUGCCAUGGCGGCUGAGAUCUUGGAUUUGGAAACAAUAUCGGAUUUCUUUGAGCCAAGUGCACCAACUUUUGUUGAUUAUCUGUGGGGGUUUUUCACAGGGCACAGGCAAAGAGGACUUCAGUCUACAGAAGAAAUGUUGAGAGAAGGUUCCAUUAUCACUGGAAUAGGCGAAUUAACAAAGUCACUAUCAAAAUCAGAUUCAUUGGUUUUACAGCCACCUGUCAAUGGCACACCAUAUUACAUCACAACAAUGUCUUUGAGUUCACUUCUACGAAAGUUGGAUGAUCGCAGAAAAAUAUAUAGGUGGUUGUGUCUAAUGUUUGGUGCAAUUGGAUUAUUUAUCGGCGGUAUGGUGUUGAGGCGUUAUUUAAAAGAUAGGGAAGAGCAGAGAGUAGCCAAUGAAUUGCGAAAAUCGCUCGAAGCAACGCGGAAAGAGCGACGGCAAAAAGUGCGUGACAAGGAUCUUCCCGAGGAUCAACUCUGCGUCGUAUGUCGCUCGAAUCCUCGCGAAAUCGUUUUAAUACCCUGUGGUCACGUCUGUUUAUGCGAAGAUUGUUCCCUCGAUGUUUCUACAAACUGCCCAAUAUGCCGAAAUUAUAUUAGUCAAAAAAACGCUGCUUACUUAUAAGAUUUAAACAAUAUA